AUGAGCAGUGCUACCUUUAAAGGAGGUCUGUCUGCAGGCGGGCCUGCCUUUACUGACAAAGCCAAACUUGCCAUGCGGCGCCCGACUCCCGAUAGCGAUGUUCUUGCCUCGUCGGACGACGAACAUACGCCCGUUGUCACUCGCCCUGCCCCUGCAAACCCGUACCCUGCAGGACGUCGUCCAUCAAGCGGCUGGCUUCAGGAUAUCCAGCCAAACCGCAAAUUCUCGCUUCCCUCAGUCUCCUUCGCGGGUUCUAACCCAACUACACCAUCCUUGGAGUCUCCUCAACAAACCAGGCCGGGUACGUCUGGUUUUUCUUGGAACACUGCCUCCUUCACUGCGGUACCAGGCUCGGCAACUCGCCUAAAAGAGGUUGUUCCAUCACCCACUUCGGCUAACCCAGAUCGGCCACUACCUUCACCAACCAACAUCGAGAGUGACGAAGGCAUUAACUUCUUACUCAACCAACAGAAUCCCAUCCGAAAGUCUGUAAGAUCGCAAUCCUAUAGUGUUGGGCAGGCGGAUCUUGAUAACAGUGCUGCUUUCUCUACCCGCCUCAGGUCCUCCCUUCGUCAUCGUCCUUCCAAGCCCAGCCUCCUUGGUGACGGCAUCGCGCAGCUCGCACAGCUACGAGAAGACGAAUUUGACGAGAUUGAGAGCUCGAACGGUUCCGAGCAGGGGAUACGCCUGCCUCUAGGCUAUUGGGAGCGCGAGCAAAAGUCGGCUCUCCUCAAGCAGGCUGCUGUUCAGAACGCAAGAGCACCUUACCGACCAAGUGCUUCACCAUCAGGCCAGCGCAGGAAGCAAACCAUGCCUCGCUCAAACACUGACUUCGCCAUCGACGAGCUGGAUCAUGAUGAUCACCACAGCGAUGCUCCAAGGUCCCUCACUCGUCGCUUCAGUGAGCAUGCCACUGGCAUGGUGUCAGGUGACCCGCUAGGUCGCCGUCAUUCAUUUGCUACCUACCCCAGCAAUCCCCCAGCCCUUCAGCUGUCUACUCUGCCAGGCCAUGACGAGGUCGACGAAGACCUCGUGUCUCCCCAUGCUCAGCAGCAGCAGCAGCCGGGGUCGCCCGUCAAUCAGGAGCCAUUCGACCCUGCUUCUUACUUCGCAGGUUAUGGGCCAGCUUCUCGCGCCAUCAACGCGUCAGCCAUCUCCGCUGCUCACCCGGCGCCAAUUGCUCCUAACCCGCACACGGGACCAGCAAACACCAACCCUUAUGCCGUCCCAGCUGUGAUGGGUCGCCCAGGCCGCCGCCUGUACGUCGUCGUAUUCAAGUGCUCCCGUGCUGAGAUCUACUACACCUACGACAACACUGGUUUGGAGAUUCGUCGUGGUGACCUUGUCAUCGUCGAGGGCGAUCGUGGCUGCGACCUUGGUCAGGUUAGCCAUGCAGAUGUUAGCAUGGAGGAUGCUAAGAAAUACAAAGCUGAAGCUAGUGAUGAGCACUACCGAUGGCUCGUCAUGUUCUCCCAGUACUCUUUGGCAGGAACCUCGAAUGAUUCCGGAAUGCUUGGAGCUCUUGCUCGCGCCAACGGCUUUCCAAACAACAUCAAUCGCGGCGCUCUCACUAACCCUGGAACUGCUCAGGACCAGACUCAAGAGCUGAAGCCGAAAAUGAUCAAGAGGCUUGCUCAACAGCAUGAGAUUGCCGCCCUCCGUGACAAGGAAGGUCAAGAAGCAAAAGCCAAGCGGGUUGGCGCCCUCAAGGCGGCGGAGCACAAGUUCCCCAUGGAGAUCCUGGAUGCCGAAUAUCAAGCCGACCACAACAAACUCACUUACUUCUAUUAUGCCGAGACCUACGUCAACUUCAACGAUCUCGUCGUUGACCUGUUCAAACAAUACAAGGUCCGCAUCUGGAUGUCGGCAGUCAACCCUGCUUCUGUGGUCAACCCGGCUGGCACAAGCCAGAUUCAGCCUCCUUCCGCCAUUGGCCCUGGUGCGAUUCUCCACAAUCGUUCCCCCAAUUCUGCUGCCGCUGUCGGCCCAGGAUUUGGGUCCUCGGCCAAUGCCUUCCGCCAGAACAAUCGCCAACAAGGGCGCAACAACCAGAAUGCUAACCGCGGUGCAUACGACGAAGGAGGAUACUACCCGUUCGCCAAUCAGUUGCAGGGCUACCCUUCCCAAUCUCAAUAUGGCAUCAAUCAGUGGGCUGCUACACCUCAAGGUCCCGACAUGUUUGGUCGUUACCCUGGCUACCCUGGAAACGGUGGAACUCCAUUGAACAAUUUUGGAGGAUGGUACCCGCCGGGAACCUUUUCGUCAUCUCCAGCUUUCAACGCCUCAGCCGGCAAUGCUGCCUAUCGCAACGGUCCCCCCGCGAACGGUCCCGGUGCUGGUGGCGCUCAGCCAGCCUAUCCGCCUAACCCUGCCGCGUCCGACUCAUACAACAAAGCCGGAAAUUCUGGUUCUACAAAUGACGGCGGUGCCAACGGUGCUCAGGCAUUCAACUACGGCAAUGACUUUGUUUACAACAAUCCGUAUGCCUCUACCAGCACCGCAGGUGGCGCCUACGAUCCUGCAAUGGUAGCAGCUGCCUUGCAGAGCAUGAGCUUCGGCAACUUCAACAAUUGA